UUUGGCGCAAUCCGGAUUUCGGAAACCACCUGCGUUUUUGCUUAGACUUGACUUUGAGAAAUGGCUGCCUCUGCUGGAGAUGGACUGAUUGUGGAAAACUCCAUUAAAGUUUUAACUCAGAAUGGAGUUUGUAAGAUUGACCUGUGCCUGGGGGAUAUUACGAAGCUGAAAAAGGAGGAUGGUGUUGACGUUCUAAUCGUUUCAGCCUUCAGAGGUAGUUACGUCGAGUCCAGGACAUCGGUGAUUGGGGCGCUCAGCCAGAGUCUCAAUGUCUCGGUUGCCAGCCUAGCUCAAGACAAGGAAGAAGACCUGCGUUCUCUUUACUCUUGUUGGUGGUCCAAGCCGUUACCCGACCAUCUAGCUUUCAAGAGAGUAUUAUGCUUUGAAACAAGAGGAAAAUUUCAUGAUGGGCGCCCUCAAGAGUUGGUUGCAAACGUAUUCCGUUGCUUGGUGUCUAUACUGAAGAAUGAGGAUGGAUCUGUUAUCACCCCGCUUCUCAAUACUGGCGAUCAGGGAUACGGGGAGGUGAGCAUGUUAAAAGGAAUGGUCCAAGGAGCAGUGAGCUGGAUGAAAGCUGGUCUUCCUCUUCGGCUCAUGAAGCUGGUCCUCUAUUGCCGGAUCCAGGACGGGAAAAUGCAGAAGCACUCGCUGAGAAACUUUGAUAGAGUUAUCGCAACUUUCAGCGAGCUCAAGGAGCGUUACGAGAUGCAACUCCUUCUUCCAAAGGAAAUACCCCUGGAAUUUGACAUCUAUCUCUCAUUCAGUGAGGAGGAUGAGGCAGUUGCCAAGGUGAUUAAGGAGAAACUAAGUGUAGUCAAAGAUGGCAUCCGUAUCUAUGACAGCUCCCAGCAGUCCUUGGACCGAGACAGCGUCUUCCAGCAAGAUAUGUACUCUGUCAUGAUGAAGAGUGCUAGGGUAGUCACAGUAUUGACACCCAACUAUCUUCGGAACAAGGCUUGCAUUGACCAAUACAACAUCGCCCUCUGUUGUAAUCGUAGAGCCAAGCGAGACGUUCUAGCUCCAGUCUAUGUGCACUCUGUUGAUAUUAUGCCAACUUACAUGGGUCUUGUGCAGUAUGUGGACUGUAGGCCUGCUGAUUAUAUGAAGAUCCAGGAAGCCUGCUCCCAGGUCGCCGUUUCCCUCUCGGUUAAGCUCCACAAGGAGCUAACGGUGGCGGACUUUGAUCCACUCCAUUACGACGUCUUCCUAUCAUACUCCCACUGCGACAGUGAGAAGGCCAAUCGGUUUGUGGAAACCCUCAAGAACAUUGAACCGGAGAUGAAGAUCUUCUUUGAUGUACAGGAAUUAAAGACUGGAAAAUCUUGGCAGCGUACCCUAUAUCACUCUAUUGACGGUUCCCAGUGUAUGAUAGCCCUUAUAUCUACACCAUACAUCAAGUCGGCCGUCUGUCAGGAAGAGUUUGCAUUGGCCCAGGCUAAACACUUCUCAAAAGGGAAACAGCACCUUCAACUGAUACCCAUUACCCUUGAGAACUUGGACACCAUGCAACCAGAGUUCACCCACAUCCCGAUGGUUAAGGGGACACCCGAUGUCUUUGAGGAUGUCGUCAAGGUCGUUUGUCCAGCAGUUUGCCGGUGGAUCAAGAAAGGGGAGCUGGGUGACGUAGGUGCGAAGAUUGCUUCACUCUUUGACAAAGAGAAGAUUCCCAAUAUGUCACCAGAUGUUGAGAUGGAGGGUCUCAGAAGAGCUCGGUUCCAGAAGGAGUUUGGCGGAACUGACAUCCCUCCAGGGGAAGCAACCCCAUUUCCACCAACUCUGACUGACAUCCUCAAGCCCUCUUAUGCACACUCUCCGGAAGACCUUAUCUUCAGCUAUCACAGCGAGGAUGAGAAGUAUGUUGACUUCCUUGGACAAAUCCUCAAGCAGACAGCCCCAGGGUUGCAGUUCAGCGCUGUUCCAAGUAACUUGGAGGACAAGCUGGGAGCCUUGGAGAAGGCUAAAUGCAUCGUACCAAUCCUGUCUCCUCACUACCUUGAGAGUCCCGAAUGUGUGCAGGAGUUCCAUGUCGCCAUCUGGAGACAGAGGAUCGCCAAUCCAGACGUCCCUCUGAUGCUCCCGAUCCGGGUCUCCGAGAUCCCUCAGAAACCUACCUACUUCCAUCUGGUGCGUUGUGAUGUGAGUGUGACUGAUGCUUUCUGGGCCGAGCUAGCUGUAACCCUUGGUCGGAGGGUGCCUGAUAUCCUGAAGAAGAUUUUAUCGACUGAUGAUCGCCUAGUGCUACCCCAUGCUGUUUGCUUGUCUCUUGUGAUGGCUUCAUACAAGAUCUUGCAGAGAUUUGCCGUAGACAGUCCAUCAAACUGUGAGGAUUACCCCGCCCAACCUGCCUUGGACAAUAUGAUGCGACUGCGAGAAGAGACGAAGCAGGUCAACCAAGUAGAGUACAGAGAUUACAUCACGCAGAAAUUUGUGGAGCUGACAGUAGGAGACGAGGCCUAGUUUCCCAAGAUAUCCAUCAUGGACACAAUAACAAAGAUUGUGGUGAAAGUUGAGGUUAAUAUCAUCACAUUACAGUUUUAAUUGAAACUAAAGUAUAAACAAAUGUGUAACUUCAUGUUGUAAGAUGGAAAUGUGGUAGGGGCUUUUUCAAAGUGAUUAGAAAAUGUUGAUUUUUACCUCUGCAAUUCAACCUUGUAUAUACGUGGAGCGUUG